CCGUAUCUCGCGCUCGUCGUACCCCCAAUGUCGACCCUUCCGCGCCGUCAAUAGCCGCGCUCGCGACCCUCGCCACUCGUGUGGAGCCAUUUUGACCCCCCUCUAAUUGUUUAUUCCAGCUCGUCGAACGCAGUAUAUGCUGAAGGAAGCCGAACCAGCUCCUCCCCUCCGAUGUCUCCAGCUGCUAGAUUCUCUUCGCGCAAGGUGAUGGCGAGCGUGUCGAACGCAGUGUCGCUGAAGCCCGGGCUCUUCCUGCGGCGUCCCGAGUCUUCCGCUCUCGGUCUGACUCCGCGGCGUGCUUCGAUCGGGCUCGGGUGCUUCCGGAGGAGCUAUGUGGCCGCUGCUUUUGCCAAUGAGAACAGAGAGUUCGUGAUCGUUGGCGGUGGAAAUGCCGCUGGUUACGCAGCUUGGACUUUCGUCGAGCAUGGCAUGGCCGAUGGAAGGCUCUGUAUCGUUUCGAAAGAGGCUCAUGCACCCUACGAGCGUCCUGCUUUGACCAAAGGCUACCUGUUUCCUUUAGAUAAGAAGCCUGCUCGCUUACCUGGUUUUCACACUUGUGUUGGUUCUGGGGGAGAGAGGCAAACUGCAGAAUGGUACAAAGAGAAAGGGAUUGAGAUGUUUUAUGAAGAUCCAGUGACAAGUAUUGAUAUCGAUAAACAAACUUUGACUACUGAUUCUGGCAAGCUUCUUAAAUAUGGAGCACUUAUAAUUGCAACUGGUUGCACAGCUUCAAGAUUACCAGAGAAAAUUGGAGGAAACCUUACUGGCGUACACUAUAUCAGAGAUGUUGGAGAUGCUAACUCACUUAUAUCAUCCUGGGAGAAGGCAAAGAAAUUGGUUGUUGUAGGUGGGGGGUAUAUUGGUAUGGAGGUUGCUGCAGCAGCUGUUGCUUGGAAGCUCGACACAACUAUCAUCUUUCCAGAGAAUCAUCUUUUGCAGAGGCUGUUUACUCCUUCCCUUGCCCAGAGAUAUGAAGAAUUUUACCAGGAUCGCGGUGUGAAGUUCAUGAAGGGUGCCUCUGUUAAACACUUAGAAGCUGGUUCUGAUGGACGUGUAUGCUCUGUUAAACUUGAAGAUGGAUCAACGAUUGAAGCAGACACGAUAGUUGUUGGGAUUGGAGCUAAACCUGCUGUUGGUCCAUUUGAGAGGGUUGGUUUAAAUGCAUUGGCUGGAGGAAUACAGGUCGACGGUCAGUUCAGAACAAAGAUCCCUGGAAUCUUUGCAAUUGGAGAUGUAGCAGCGUUUCCAUUGAAGAUGUAUGACCGCAUCGCACGAGUUGAACAUGUUGAUCAUGCUCGAAGAUCUGCACAACAUUGUGCAAAAUCCAUAUUGAGUUCUCAGACCCAUAUAUAUGACUAUCUGCCCUAUUUUUACUCGAGGGUGUUUGAAUAUGAAGGGAGCCCCAGAAAACUUUGGUGGCAGUUUUUCGGAGACAAUGUUGGGGAGGCCAUUGAAGUCGGAAGCUUUGAUCCGAAGAUUGCAACAUUCUGGGUAGACUCUGGUAAAUUGAAAGGAGUUCUUCUAGAAAGUGGGAAUCCAGAGGAAUUUCAGCUUCUCCCUAAGCUAGCGAGGAGCCAGCCUACCGUCAACAUAACCAAACUCCGGAAUGCAUCUUCAGUAGAGGAAGCUCUAGAAAUCGUUCAGAAGUCUCUUAUGGCCGAAGCUGCGGAGUGAUCGCGGACGUUGCCAUAAUUCAAUUCAUUCUUUGCCGUUCACUGGAAUAACAGCGAAAAAUGAUGGCUCCCUUCUCAUGUCCAAAUGAAACCGGCGAAUAAAAUUUGCAAAAGACGAUGCCUCUUCCUCUGGCAUUCUGUAGAAUAUGCGUCCCCGACAUUGGGCGCUUGAAUGAUUUGAAACUUGUUGUGGUGGUUUGGUUUCGACUGUAAUGCAUCACAGGUCUGUGAAAAUGCUUCUUCAGAGGUUGGUCCAAAGUAGGCAGCAUGAUACGUGAUGCGCUCGGCGGUUAUCCAUUCCAAAUGGAAUCCGCAUCGCAUU